AUGCAACGACGAGAACCCCUCAGCGGGGUAUCAACUCAACGGCCGAAGACCUGGUCGAUGAUGAGUUUAAUGUGCAUAAGCUCUGACUAACGGCGCGGUUUCCAGAUGCUAUAUAAUCCGGCCAGAGUCCCAUCGGGAAGACUUGCAAUCAUCUUCAUUCUCAUCUUCAUCUCAUCGCACAUACCACCAAAUCCAACGGGGCCAAUCUUUUCAUCUCAUCUUUCACAAUGUCUCCUCCCGCAUACAAGAGACUCGACGUUGAGGACUGUGUUUUCCUCUUCGUCGACCACCAGUCCGGUCUGAUCCAACUCGUUCGCGACUUCGAUACAUACGAAUUCAAAACCAACGUCUCGGCACUGGCGAGAGUUGCCGCUUACUACAAGGCCCCAGCUGUCCUUACAACAUCGUUUGACAGCGGUCCCAAUGGACCGUUUGUCAAGGAAAUCACCGACCUGCUCCCCGAGGCACCGCUGAUUCGACGACCCGGUCAGAUCAAUGCUAUGGACAACGAGGACUUUGUCAACGCCGUCAAGGCCACCGGCAAGAAGCAGGUUGUUAUCAGUGGUGUCUUGACGGAGAUCUGCGUUGCCUUCCCCGCUCUUAGUCUGAUCGAGCAGGGCUACGACGUUUUCGUUGUCACUGACUGCUCAGGAACCUUCGCUGAGCACACGAGGGAGGCUGCCCACAAGCGCAUGGCUGCGGCUGGCUGCCAGUUGCUUAACUGGGCUGCCGUUUCCGGCGAGCUCCACAGAGACUGGCGCCGCGACAUUGAAGGCUUUGGUGCCAUCUGGCGCGACCAUAUCCCUGGCUACUGGUGCUUGAUGCAGAGUUACGAGUCGGCUGGCAAGGCUCAGCAAGGUGGACAGUAAACAUCCUCUGUCGGAUUUAUGAAUAUCUUUACCAACGAAUAAAUGUCUCUUAUAUUCUUUAAUCAAGUGAC